AUGUCCUCAGAGCAAGGCCCGCCAGACGUGGCCGACAUAUCGUCGCCUUCAACCCCAGCUUCUCCCGAUAUUCCCGGCGCACCCCCGGUAUUUGCCUUUGCGAGGCUUCUUGAACCGCAAUACUUUCUCGUCGUCGUCAGUGCCCUCAGCAUCAUCUGGCUUGGCGCCCAUGGCUCUCUCCGUCGGCCACCCUCAGCAGCGCCCCCGAAGCUGAAAAAGGGUGAAAAGAGGCGCGAAGAGGAGAAGUUUAUUGAAGGUCUCGUUGCCUCCGACGUAAUCCGGUUUCCCAUCAUGCUAGCGGCCACCCUUAUGGGACUGUACUACCUGAUUCAAUGGCUCCAGGAUCCGGCCAUCCUGAACACAAUCCUCAGGGGAUACAUGUCCAUCAUGUCUAUUGUUGGGCUGAGUACACUGGCCGGCGAUGCCUUGAGCAAUCUCACGAGCUUGGUUUUCCCCACGAUGUGGGUAGACGGCAAGGGAUUUGUACACCACAUCGAUGCGAGCCAGAAGCGCCAUUAUGUCGUGGACAAGAAGACUGGGGAAGAAAGGACCGUGGAGGGGAAAACCACACCACUCCCUGGGUGGCUCUCGAAUUUGAAGCUUUCACCUCUUUCAACAGGCCUCCUGUGGAGCUUGCGCUACUUGGUUACCCAAGAGUGGACAGUGCGUCUUGCGGUUUCUGGUAGUCCCGUGUUCAACUUUGAGCUCGGGCUCAACGAACUGCUGGGCUAUGUUUUGGCAGUGAUGGUUUCGAUAGCCUACCACUUGACCGCGUGGAAUGCGUUGUCAAACAUCCUUAGUACGGCCAUGUGUUACUUCUCGUUCAUGAUGUUCUCCCCGACAUCCUUCACCAUUGGCACCAUGGUCCUAGCGAGCCUAUUCAUUUACGACGUCAUCAUGGUAUUUUACACCCCGUACAUGAUUACCGUGGCUAAGAACAUCGACGCACCCAUCAAGCUUGUUUUCACCAGCCCCACAGGCGCCAGCAUGCUCGGACUCGGCGAUAUCGUCGUCCCAGGGAUGUUGAUGGCCUUAGCUCUGCGCUUCGACCUCUUCCUGCACUAUCGUCGCCAGACCCGCCUCGAACCCGUCCAGCUCAAGGCCGAGACCACCGCCGGCACAACGACCACCACAACCGAUCACCGCCGAAUUAAGCCUCUCUACGUCGACAUCCGUGGCCAGUGGGGCAACCGCUUCUGGACCACACCCAUCGGUCGGCUUUUCCCUGUCCGUGAUGCCUCAGAGCCCCGCACGGCGACGGCUUUCCCCAAGCCUUACUUCUACGCCUCCGUGGUUGGGUAUGCGGCGGGCAUGUUGGCUACGCUGACCGCCAUGUUGGUGUUUAACCACGGCCAGCCGGCGUUGUUGUACCUAGUGCCCGGCGUAACGGGCGCAUUGUGGCUAACAGGCCUGCUGCGUGGCGAGGUGAAGGACAUGUGGGAAUACACAGAGGACGGGAGUCUAGAUACGGAGGACGUGGUGGUAGAGGUGGAUGGAAAGGGGCAAGUGGUGAAGGAGCAGGAGGUCGGAAAGCAGAUGAAAGAGGAAAAGGAGAAGGAAAAAGAAGAAAAGGUAGAAGGUGAAGCCGGGAAGGAGACUGAGAAUCAAGACAAGGAGGAAGAGACACACGAGGCGCCAGUACGGGUUGCCGAGGGACAUCAGGAGUUGUUCCUGUUUUCGAUUACUGCGCCGCGUGGUUUUGUGAUGGUCUCCUAG